AUGCCGAACCCUGUGCCUCCCACACAACACUUCACCCCUGCCAAUCAGCGGCUUGGAGAUCUGGACAGAGACCAGAGUCCGGCUGAGUACUCGUCCGGGGAGGACUCUGACAAUGAUCUUGCUGGCAAUGGCUCCGGCAACCCGCGUGCCCUGAAACGGAAACGACCUCUUACCGUCUCUUGCGAGCUUUGCAAGCAGAGGAAAGUCAAGUGCGAUCGUGUGCAACCUAGCUGCGGCUGGUGCACUCGAAACGGUCAACUAUGUGAAUACAAGGAACGAAAGAAGCCCGGCUUGAGAGCCGGGUAUGGCAAGGAGCUGGAGCAACGACUAGAUCGACUGGAAGAAGUCAUUCAAUCGCAAGCAAGGCUGAUCGAGAUGCAUAUCUUGCAAAACCAACAUCCAAUGCCACACCAUGGAGGAUCCAUAUCAUACAGCUCACCGUCCGAGCCAUCUGGAGUCCACGGCCCUAGCCCCCGAGCAGCCCUCUAUUUCAACGAUCCGGCCUCUUCAAUGACAUUGCCUUCCCGCCAUGCAGAUGUCUCGAUUACAAGCCCCUCGGAUACAUCGGUCAAGAAUUUGGUCUCAAACGGGCUACAAAAUGGGAGCACGCCAGGCAUGAGCUCAUUGCCACAACAAAGGGCGCAUAAUAAUGAUUUCACGGGCAACGAAUCAUCCUUGUCCGUGCCCGUAAGCAUUUUUGCAAACCAGGAACAGUCUUUAGCAGAUCCAGAUCUCGACCUACCGCCAUACGAUUUACUCUAUGCCCUGGUCGAUUUGUAUUUUGAGCACAUCAACUCCUGGUGUCCGAUUCUUCAUCGUCGAUCCACCUUGGAUACUUUCUUUGGCCCGUCGCCAUUGGAAGAGGCAGAUCGCAUGGUUCUUUACGCCAUUGUUGCAACCACAUUGCGCUUUUCGACUGACAGUCGACUCAGUGAACAGAACCGAAAGCGCUAUCACGAUUCUUCAAAGCAGAAAGUACUGUUAUAUGGUCUUGAAAAUUCGUCAGUGAAAGCUCUUCAAGCUCUCGUGAUUCUGGCACUGGACCUGGUUGGUUCAUCGAAUGGACCACCUGGAUGGAAACUGCUAGCCUUAAUCACUCGAUCUGUUGUCCAGCUAGGAUUGGCGGUUGAGUCAAAGUCAUCUCUCAUAGCUCCGGUCUACCCUUCCAUCUAUACACUCAGAGCGGUCACCUUGUCCGAGCCUGAUUCAUGGAUUGAGGACGAAAGUCGACGUCGUCUAUUCUGGAUGGUCUAUUUGUUGGACAGAUAUUCGACCCUUGCCACUGCUUUCAACUUUGCCUUGGAUGACAAAGACAUCGAUCGCAAGCUUCCUUGCAAGGAUGAAUUCUUUGUUAAGAAUCAAAUUGUCGAGACGCGCCGAUUCUACUACUCCGGCGAUCGUGCAGACUAUCUUAGCCAUGCAGAUACCGUGGGAUCCUUUGGGCUGUACAUCGAGGUCUUAGGCAUUCUUUCACGAGUCCAUGUGUUUUUGAAACGACCGGUGGAUAUUGGGUCUCUUUCUGAUGUUGAAGAAUGGCAGUCUACCUACCGAAAGCUCGACAGUGAGCUGACUACAUGGGAGUUCAAUUUGCCUGCAGAAUACGCCUAUGAGAAUUCAUCUCGUCUUUUCAAUGGGACAAAACAGAGCCGAACUUUGCACAGUGACUGGGUGCAGCUUCAUGCUACCUAUCAAACCGCUGUCAUUCGUCUUCAUUCUUCCGCUGCAUACCCCACAACCCGAUCACCGAUCUUUACCCCAUCAUACAGCGCCAGCCAACGAUGUUUGCUAGCGGUUGACAAUAUCCUCUCUGUUACUCGCUUCGUGGUUGAACACAACAUGCUUGACAAGCUCGGGCCACCAUUCGCCUUCACGCUUUGGGUCUCAGCCCGUCUCCUACUUGUCCACGGAUCGACUAUCGCCCACACCGUCAGCUCCGACAUUAUCUUCUUCGUCGACACACUUUCCCACAUGGGCCACCACUGGAAAGUCGCAGAGCGAUACAGCAAUAUUCUCCAACGAGUCCUCGACGAAUACGGCGAAUACCAACAAUCAGUCGCCACAGAUGGUGAACGCUCAACUCCAUCCACUGUCAAGAUCCUAGCCGAUAUGCGCCGAUGUGCAUUUGAUCUCGACUUCCUCAUAUCUCGCCAACCACGAGAAUCACCAUCAUCAGUGAGCGGUAAUGGGAAUGACUCUGCCCGCCCGGCUUCAGCAGCCAUUGCCCCCCGCAACCUGGCACCAAAUGAACUCGAAUACCUCGACGUAUUUGGUUUCUUCAACGUACCGCGUGUGCCGCCCACCCGAGCUCCAGAUUCCGUUACUGCGGCCACACAUCUGGAUAUGUCUGAUCCUGUACCCAAUCCGAUGUCUAUCCAUGGACUCACGGGCAAUGGAUCUGGUGUUGAUGGACAUACUUCUUCAAAUGCGAACGAGUUCAACAUCACUAAUUACUUAAUUCCGACCCCCGAGACUGAUUGGCUUUUCCGUCCUGCGGGCUGA